AUGCAAACGUCAGUGUUAUUUAUGCGAACGAAAGGGCUAUUUUUCCUCCAUGAAAUUAAUCUUGAUCAUUAUUUUAUUGGAAUAGUUAUUUUCAUUAUGGCAGAUUCUCAAUAUGUUUUUGAUACAAAGAGACCACAUGUAAAAGAAAGGGCUCUUGGGAUUGCUCAUGAGAUCCCUGAAUUUUCAAUUCGAUAUAUCAAAUCCCUUUUUCCUAUUUUUAGUUGGAUACAUCAUUACAAUCUUACCUGGUUUGUUAGCGACAUAAUAGCCGGUAUAACUAUUGGGUUGGUGGUCAUUCCUCAAAGCAUGGGUUAUGCAAAGAUUGCGACUUUACCCGUGGAAUAUGGACUAUAUUCAUCCUUUGUUGGUGUCUCGAUAUAUUGUUUCUUUGCCACCUCAAAAGAUAUCACUAUCGGACCUACCGCUGUGAUGUCUUUGCUUAUGGGGCAAACUAUAGAUUCAAUUCUUAAGGUUAAUACCAACUACGCUAAUACAGCAAUUGCUGCUACCUUUUCCUUGUUAACUGGAUUCGUCGCUCUUACCAUGGGUUUAUUACGUCUUGGCUUUGUUGUCGAUUUCAUUCCUGUUCCAGUUGUUGCCGGUUUCACAACCGGUUCCGCGAUUAAUAUUGCUGUGGUUGUUGCCAGUCAAGAACUCAUUGCUAUCGGUGCUACCAAUGCGCUCGGUUCAUUCUUUGGUGCUUAUCCUUCUACUGGCUCCUUUUCACGUAGCGCUAUUAAUGCAAAAUCUGGUGUACGAACUCCUCUUGCCGUAUUACUGGUUCGACUUGCACGUCCACGAUUUGAUGUACUUGGUCGUCUAGAAAUUGCCUCAUCUAAUGGUGACGGUUCCAAACAAUUCACUUAUGUUCCAUUGUGUCCAAUGUUUCAAACUGCCCAAAGUCCACCUGAUGGUGUUCUAAUAUUUCGAUUUGACGAAUCACUAACCUAUCCUAAUUCGAGUUAUAUUGAAGAUCAAAUAGUUAAUCAUGUUAAAUCUAAUACUCGUCGAGUGACCAAAAUCGCUGAAAAAGUUGGUGAUCGACCAUGGAAUGAUGCUAGUGACGAGUAUGAAAAUAAAGUCAUAGAAAAUUUAAAAUUACCAAAAUUAAAGGCAAUAGUAUUUGACUUUUCAGCAGUUAGUACGAUAGAUUCUACUGGUGUACAGGCAUUGGUAGACAUUAAAAAGAAUCUAAAUAGAUACACUGGAGAUAUCAUAGAAUACCAUUUUGCAAAUAUUCUUAAUGAAAAGAUACAACGUGCAUUAAUAGUCGCUGGAUUUGGUGGCACUGAACAACCGAAAUUAGUUAUUGAUGUUGGGAUUCACUCUACUGAAGAAUCAUCUGACGAAAAUUCUGAACUUACUCCGAAUGAGAUUGAUAUGCCUAGUGAGGUCAUUGUGAAUACGGUUAGAAAGAAAUAUCUUCAUUUAAGUUUGCAGGAAGCUGUUACGGCUGCUACUAAUGGUGUUUGGUAG